UUAUUUUUUUUCCAUUUAAAGUACAUGUUUUUUUUUAAAUUGCACCUACCGCCUAAACGGGGGGAGAUAGACCUCCCCCUCCCAUAGUAAAAAAUGCUUGUAUUAAGCCCCUCUACCAAAAACCGUUAUUAUAUCUCGGCGCCAAAGUUAUCGUACUCUCCCCCAAGUCCAAAACAGUGUUACGUAUGACAGAAAAUAUGGAAGCGUUUAAAAGUGAUGAGCAGCAAACCGCAGCGAAUCAAGAAAAAGACGAACAAGUUACUAUCACAGAAGUCUAUAAAAUCAUUGGUUUGGGUGAUGACGCGAACGAUUCAGCCAAAAAUGAAGAAAAUCAGGCAAAUGAUGAGAUGAAUAUUGGAAGUGCACACGGAACUUCGACGCCGCAAAAAGUUGGAAUGGCGUUAGAAUUCGAUUGGAAUAGUGAACCAUUGGAUUUUAACGAAGAUUUAGUUGGUAAAACCUAUCUGAAGUUCAUAUUUUUAUUCAAAAUUAUUCGGUUUUUUUUUUGUUUGUCUGUAGAUGAUUUAAUCUCUUCGCAAAAAUUGAGCUCAUCAUUGGUGGAGUUACCAUCAUCGCAAAAUGUUAAUUCGUCAAAGACAGAUUCUUUGCGAAAUUUGAACUUAUCAAUGGUGGAAUUGUCCUCAUCGCAAAAUGUUAAUUUAUCAAGUGCUUCGAAUGCCAGCGAUUCAAGUGUGAAUUCGAAUAAAAUGCAGGCGAAAAUACGGAAGGAAAAUGGAUUGCGCAUAAAGAAUAUGAUUGGAUUCUUCAAGAACGAAGGCGUUUCUUUUUUUAAAGCCAAGCGUGUAUACCAAGCACUGUAUGAAGACCGAAUGGAUCUUGAUGUUUUGAUGUGCUUUGUCAUUACUGGGCAAGUGGUCAUCAUCGAUCAGAAAUUAAUUCUGCCUGAAUGGUUACAACGUAGACCAUUGUCAAAGGUUAACAAAGUUGGUGUCAAAAAUUAACAAUUUAUUGUGCGCUGCAAUUUUAGUAAGCUGCAUUUAGUUAUUCAAUUUUUUUGCUUUUAAAUCAUUCUUUGUUAAACCAAAUUCCUUGACGGAACCAAAUUAAUGAACCAAAACGAUGGACAAAACGAUGUCUCUCUAAUUUAAUUUAGAAUUGAACUACAGUUAUAUUUGUAUUUUAUUAAAAUGAUUUAUGAAUAUUGAUUUCAAAUAAAGCAACAAUCAAAUAUUGUGUGUUCUAAAUGUUAUUUCGUGAAGUGUGUUGAUUUUAUGUGAAGCAAAAUUGUUGGCGCCAAAUGAUUGAUGUUUUUGUCGUAACUGUAAACAAUUAUCAUGUGUUUCUCUGAUUCUUUUGUUAAUUUACAGCUGAAUAGUAUAACCGAAAGCAACGCAUAUCAGUAUUUGUGCUCAACCAAUGUGCUCGCAAAAAUACAUAGACGCGUUUGUUGUGUUUAAUUUGUUCUCUGUUUCUCUUUCGUGUUUAUACACAGCAGAUCAGCACAACCGAUGGCAAGGCAUACCAGUAUUUGUGUAC